UUAAUUUUUAAACUUCAACAAAGUUCAAACAUACGCGUACAAAUACUAUAAAAUGUUAUUAUACUUAGAAUAAAUAUUUAUUGUUAAUAAAAAAUAAUUUAAUUUAAAAAAACUAAAAUUAAGACAUGGCGGCCAUACUCGGAGGCGGACUCGGUGGUUUAUCUACAGCUUAUUAUUUGCUUAAAAAUAAUAUAACGAAUAACAGUAACUUAAAAUUAUUUCUCGUCGAGGCGACUGACUAUUGUGGCGGAUGGAUAAAGUCGAUCAAAACAAGGGACUAUAUAUUCGAGCAAGGCCCAAGGACGAUUAGACCUAGAGGAAUAACUGGUCUUAACACUUUAAACAUGCUGCAAGAUUUAGGCCUAAGCGAGCAUAUCUCCUUUAUAAAGCCCGAUCAUCCUGCUGCAAGAAAUAGAAUGAUAUACGUUAACAAUACUCUUUACUCGUUACCUUCUAGUUUAAAAGGUGUGUUUCAAAAAAAUGAACCAUUUUCGAAGCCUCUUAUUUAUGCAGCACUUAAUGACUUAAAGCAGCCCCAUAAAGAGCUAAAAGAUGAUUCUAUUUAUAAUUUUGUUGAAAGGAGGUUUGGUAAAGAGAUAGCUGAUUAUGCAAUCUCCCCUAUGAUUUGUGGUAUUUGUGCGGGAGAUGCUAAGGAAAUAUCUGUUAAAUUUCUUAUGAAAACAUUAUUUGAAUACGAACAAAGUUAUGGAGGAGUUGUAAAAGGUGUCAUGAGAUCUAUGUUUAAACCAAAAAAUGAGGAGACAUUAGUAUUAGGUGAAUUGGCUAAGAGAGCGCAGGAAGAGAAAUGGAAUAUUUAUACAAUUAAAGGUGGCCUUGAUACCUUUCCUUUUGUGAUGAAGCAGUACCUGAAAGAUAACGGUGUUGAUAUACAUUUAAAUACCAAAGUAGAAGAAAUAGAAUUUAUUGAUUCUAGUAUGGUUCAACUUAAAAAAAGUAACGGUCAAACUAUGACCGCAAGUCAUGUGUAUUCUUCAGUGCCAUCACAUAUUUUAGCUAAGUUAAUUGUAAAACAACAUCCUCAACUUUCACAACUGUUGAGCGAGAUACCAUUUGUGACUGUUGGUAUUGUUAAUUUAUAUUUUGCAACAGAAAAAACUUUGAUUGAACCUGCUUUUGGUUUUCUCGUGCCUCCAAUAGAAAAUUCGCCAAUAUUGGGUGUCGUUUUUGAUUCAUGUUGUAUACCUGACCAAAAUGGCACCGUAUUGACUGUUAUGUUAGGUGGUAGAUGGUUUAAUGAAAAAUUUGGCUCUGAUGUAAGCAAAGAAAGAUUGCUUGAAAUAGCUAUGAAAGAAAUAAAAUCAAUUCUAAAAAUAGAGGACAAAGCCACAGCUUACAAUGUAGGUAUUUUAGAUAAAUGUAUCCCACAGUAUAUAAUUGGACAUUAUGACAGAGUAGAUAGGAUUAGAGAGUACAUACAGAAUAAGAAUUUGCCCAUAUCUUUGGUUGGGAGUAGCUACGACGGAGUUGGUAUUAAUGAUGUAAUUUAUUCAGCCAAAACUCAAGUCGAAAAAGAUGUUACUAAAUAAUGUUGUCGUGUUAUGGGUAAAAUGUGUCAUUAAGGUUUACGGGUUGAAGUAAUAUUCUUAAAUUUCAUAACAGGUCUUCCAGAUUUAAUUUAUUAUAAUAUUUGUGAUAAAAUAGUACACUAUUUAUGUUCAGUUAUGAAUAAAUUGGUUUUUCUA